CUUUCGCCAGAAACAUAUUAUUAUUAUUAAGUGCCGUCAAGUCGUUUCUGACUCCUGGUGACCAUGGAUAGUAUUUCUCCAGAAUAUCCUGCCUUCUGUUUGAGUUUUCAGGUUUCUUAGUAGCUGGUUCAUGAUUCCUCUGAUCUUGUAGCCGGUCGUCCUCUUCCUCUUUUACCUUCCACUCUUCCAAGCAUAACAGUCUUUUCCAGUGAUUUUUUCCAGAAUGUGUCCAAAGUAAGAUAGCUUCAGUUUUGUUACCUGGGCUUCCAGUGAGAGGUAAGGCUUGAUUUGGUCUAGGAUCCAUUCCAGUGUAAAUAAACACAAGAACUCUAGUCUUAGUAAAACCUGGAAAUCACAGAGUUAUUAGAGGGGAGAAAAAGGUUAAUUGACGUGGUAAACAAGGUUCAGGGAACCCAAAAGGUAUGCUGACAUGACCAAUGCAGACAUCUGUUGACUUGAUCUUCAAUUUGACAAACCACCCUUUGAAUCAUCUUUGAAUAAAGGACUUUCAUUUAUUCCCACACCCAUCCCAAAUUCUUCCUGGCCUAAGGAGGGGUUUUUCAAGUUCUACAGCAUCAAGCUGAAACACGCAAACAAAUUUUCGAGCUCCUCCUAUCCAUGAGCUGAUUUGCACAUGAAAUGUUCCCAGCAAAAAACACUCAGAGGGAGAGGAAAGAGUGUAGUGCAGUGUGUUCUCUUCAACAUUAAUGAAUGAACGAAUACAUAAUAUUUGCUGUGCAGCCUGCAGUAGUAGCCUUAUUUGCAUGUACACUGUACGCAGUUUAAUCAUUCUCAUUUGCAUGAUUUGCAGUGGAAGUAUUAGACUUCUAUCUGUAAGAAGCACGUUCACGGAUUGUGCAGUCACAGCACACUGCCGGAAGUAAAGGUUCUGUGCAGGAACAUUAUUUGUUCAUCAAGGUACAAACAAUGUAAAUGUACCCUCACCGGUAUAACAAUGGUUUUAAGGUCCAACUGUGUAUCUGAAAUACUUUUUCAUUAGGGAAAGGGUGUCUAUUUGUACACUUUCAAAACAUGUUUUAAAACAGAACAAUUAAAUACAAAGCCUGCAGUCAAGACAAAGUGUGUGGAGUCAAUACAACUUAAAAUAUAUGAUUUGAUUGAGUAUGGUGACAAGAGGGAUACUACCCCAGUAACAGUUCAUUACCUUUUUUCCGAGAGUUCAGGCCUGGUGGAGCGGCACAUGGGGGCAGUCAGCUGCCUGAUGCUGUCUCAUUCAUUUACUGAUGAGGUGCCGAACAUCGCAGUGCUGGGCUCUGGUGGUGCUUUGAGAGCUAUGGUUGGACUGCUGGGGUCACUGAGUCAGCUGAAAGAAGAUGGACUGCUGGACUGCAUCAUGUACCUGAGUGGAGUUUCAGGAUCUACUUGGUGCAUGACAUCACUAUACAAAGAACCAGACUGGUCCACCAAACUGGAGACUGUGAAAGAUGACAUCAUCCAAAGGCUUGCUGACGGCAGUGUCAGCUGGUGGAAGAUGGGUCAAAAACUGUUGCAGUACUAUUCAGAAAAAGACAAUUUCAGCCUGACAGAUGUGUGGUCAGCGCUGAUUGUGUCUCACAUGGUCAAAGAGAUUGAUGAACACAGAAUCUCAGAACAGAGGGGCAACUACAUCAAUGAACCGUAUCCCAUUUACAAUGUGAUUGACAAUAGAAUGAAUACAGAUGUCUGGUUUGAGAUCACUCCAGAUGAGUCAGGUUAUUCUCUCUCUGGAGCCUUUGUGGAUUCCUCCUGUUGGGGAAGUCAAUUUAAGAAAGGGAAAAAGAUUAAAGAUCAGCCUGAGAUCGACAUGCUGUAUUUACAAGGCCUGUGUGGCAGCAUGAUAUCGAAUAAGGAGGAGCUGCUUAAUGCACUACACCAUAUGAUACCAAAGGUACUCAGCAACCCUGCGAAAGAAAAAGCAAAUACAAACCUAACUGGUGGCGCCACCUCUUCUCUUGCACCUGUACAGCUUCAGAGAGAAGUGCAUCAGGAUUACCAAGUGCUCUUAACUCUCUUGGGUCUGCGUGUGUCUACCAUGGUAAAGGAGAGUCCUAAAUUUUACCUCAAUACCAUGGAUGACCUACUGAAAGGAAAGACAGAUCCUCCUGUAAACCUGAAGACAUUGGAAGGGCCAAUCUCCGAGACAGAGCUCAAGACGUACACCCAGCAUGUAUGCAAUUCUUUCUCUCAUUUGUUUGAAGGAAGGCUCUCUCCAAACAAGUCGGAGAAGUUUUUAUCCAAUACUUUUGGUGGGAAUCCAGAGACUUCUUUGGGAGAGAGUGCCAGCACAUUGAUUGACAUUUUUACCAAAUGGAUCUGGGGAACAACGUACAACUAUCUCCACGACAUGACAGUGAAAGAUGUCAACCCCAGUGUCCUUAAAUCAAAGACGAGAGACUACGUAGAUGCUGGACUGUUUCACAACUCACCCUAUUUCUCAGUGCUGAGAAAAGAACGAGACAUCGACCUCAUCAUUUCCCUUGACUUCAGUGCAGGAGAUCCCUUUGAGACAGUGAUUAAAGCUGCUGCAAUGUGUAAAGACCUACAGAUUCCUUUCCCUAAAGUUGAUGUACCCCCUGGAGAAAAGACAAAACCAAAGGACUUCUAUGUGUUUAAAGAUGACACCAAAGCUCCGACUGUGAUUCACAUCCCUCUUUUCAACAAUGUAAACUGCAAAGGAGACGUUGAUAAGUGGAAACAGCGAUAUAAGACUUUUCAGAUGAGCUACAGUCAUGAAAUGAUCACAGAUCUUCUGGAGAAAGCAGCUUUAAACAUCAAGAACAACAAGGAGAAACUGCUCAAGGAGCUUAAAAAGAUCACUGCAAAAAAGAAAACGUCCAAACUUGGAACAGUCUGAUGUAUGAAAAAAGACAGCAGUAUGAGUGCUUCAAGAAAACGUGCUGAACAUAAGUCUUUUUGGAAAGUUAAAUGAUAUCUGGGUUAUGUGGGUGGACUUUUUGUGACUUAAUACUUUUUUAUAAAUAGAAAAAAUGACAAUAAUCAGACAGUAUAGAAAUGUACUUUUUUGUUUUGUUUGUUUUGUUUUUUAAAUGAUGGACUGUAUCUUUCUUUCUUGUUUUCAUUUGCAGUGGUUCACUUGGUGUCUCAUUAAAAGGUUCAUAUCAGAAAUGC